UUUCUCUCCGUCUUUCCUUCAUCGCGCCCUCUCCCCCGCGGUGCGCAUCACAUUUAUGCGGCGGUGAAGCGUCGUCUCGUCUCAGCUCUCUCCUCGUCCGGGCUGCGGGUCGAGGUCCGGAUCAGCAGCAGCAGCAGCCCUCGGCUAGGCCCUGAAUCCACCUCCGACACUUAUGGACUUCUGAAAAACAAGACGAGCACUCUCCAGAAUCGAACGGACGCAUUUCUUGUGAUGCAGACAUAGAGAGGCUGACACUGAACGAGGGUUACAUCAACGGGACACAUCAUUUCAGGAUGGAGCCUGGUCAGAUGGUGCAGGAGUCAUACACGGUGGAGGAAGAUCCCCAGGUGGCGCUACCCGUUAUCUCUGUUGAGACCGGUGAAGAUGGGACCACACGGCGCACAGAAACCACGGUAAAGAAAGUAGUGAAGACCACCACCACUCGCACAGUCAUCCCAUCGGUGUCGGACACACUUUCCCUGGAUGGUGGGGGUUCGGUGACAGGCAUGGGGGGCUACAAUGCACCUAUGGUCUACAGACAGGGACCCGGAGGUGGCGUGCCCAUGGACUACCCCACUCACACUGUUCCCCGCAACUACCACUACGGACCGCCGGCCGGGGCUUACGACGACUACCGAACUGGGCCUCCAUCUGAUGCCUACACAAGCCUUAGCAGGGGAGCUCGCAUGGACGAUCGCUACAGACCAGUCCAUCAAGAUGGUUACAGAACUCUGGAUCCAAGCUACAGAGCCCACAGCAGGGGCCAGCUGGACCACUAUGCUGCUCAGCCACAGGUUGGGCGUAUGGGGAGUGCCAUGGAGCUGUCCGCCAUCCAGAGGUUUGUCCCAGAGCCGUACGGUCUGGAGGAUGAUCAGCGCAGCAUGGGCUAUGAUGAGCCAGACUAUGGCAUGGGACACCCAAUGCACUACAGCACCGUGCCCCGCAACCAUGGAUUCCCCCACGGGCCCCCACGCAGGACUGGGAGUUAUGAGGGCACCUUGGAUGGUGACAUGAGCGGCCCAGGGGACAUGUACUUUUGGGGAGGAGCUCCGCUGGCCCAGGGGGAAAGAGGCAGCAUGGCUUCAUUGGACAGCACUUUAAGGAAAGGUCCUGGUCCCGGGCCCAGUGGCUGGCGUCAACCAGAGCUGCCUGAGGUCAUCGCCAUGCUGAACUACAGGCUGGACCCGGUCAGGAGCAACGCAGCUGCAUACCUGCAGCAUCUCACCUACAAGAAUGAUAAAGUGAAAUGUGAUGUGCGUCGACUGAAAGGCAUCCCAGCACUGGUCUCUAUGCUUGACAUCCCAAACAAAGAGGUUCACUAUGCAGCCUGUGGAGCGCUAAAGAACAUCUCGUACGGCAAAGAUCAAGACAACAAGAUCGCCAUCAAGAACUGUGACGGAGUGCCUGCUCUCGUCAGGCUGCUGAGGAAGACCCGCGACCAGGACCUCACAGACACCAUCACAGGGACGCUGUGGAACCUGUCGUCUCACGACUCUGUGAAAAUGGAGAUCGUGGACCAUGCACUGCACGCCCUCUCUGACGAGGUGAUGGUGCCUCAUUCAGGCUGGGAGCGAGGGACCAACGGAGCAGGAGGAGGGGAGGAGAACUGCAAGCCCAGACAUCUUGAGUGGGAGACCGCCCUCACCAACACAGCAGGCUGUCUGAGAAAUGUGAGUUCAGAGCGAAGUGAGGCGAGGAGGAAGCUGAGGGAGUGCACAGGAUUGGUCGAUUCGCUCAUGUACAUUGUCCAAUCCCAGAUUGACUUUAAAGAAGUCGACAAUAAGUUGAUAGAGAACAGCGUGUGUCUGCUGAGGAACUUGUCCUAUCAGGUGCACCGUGAAAUCCCCGGCUGUGAGCGCUUCCAGGAGGCCGCGCCCCUCAACCAGGGCCCCGCCCCCUCCAGCCAGAAGGGCGGCUGCUUCAGCUCCCGCAAGGGCAAAGAUGAGUGGUUUUCCAAAGGUAGAAAAGAUGAAGAUGCAGCUGCAGACAUAAUAGACAUUCCAAAGAGGACCACGCCCGCUAAAGGCUAUGAGCUGCUGUUCCAGCCAGAGGUGGUCCGCAUCUACACCUCUCUGCUGAAGGAGUCCAAGAACCCCACCGUGCUGGAAGCCUCGGCUGGAGCCGUUCAGAACCUGUGCGCCGGACGCUGGACUUAUGGGCGAUACAUCCGUGCCUUGCUGCGCCAGGAGAAGGGUCUACCCAUGAUGACUGAGCUGCUGGCCCAUGGCAACGACCGUGUGGUCCGCGCCAUGUCUGGAGCCCUCCGCAACAUGGCCAUUGACGCUCGCAACAGAGAUCUACUAGGUAAACAUGCGGUGCCUCACUUGGUGGCCAACCUGCCUGGCGGCGGUCAGAGUCAGCCGGUGCGAGCGCUGUCAGAAGAGACGGUGGUGUCGGUAUUGAGCACGCUCCAUGAGGUGCUUGGCUCCAGCAUGGAAGCAGCCAAGACCCUCAGGGCCUCACAGGGAAUCGAGAGACUGGUGCUCAUUAACAAGGACGGUAAUCGUUCUGACCGGGAGGUGCGUGGGGCAGGCAUGGUGCUGCAGACAGUUUGGGGCUACAAGGAGCUGCGGCGCACUUUGGAGAAGGACGGCUGGAAGAAGACGGACUUCAUGGUCAACCUAAACCCUCCCAGCAACAACACCAGGGCCAACGGAGGAUAUGAGGACAGCACUCUGCCGCUCAUAGACAAAGGGGGCAAAGGGGACCGGGAAAUGAUUCCAAUGAAUGACAUGGGACCAGAUGCCUACUCCACACUGGACCAGAGAGGGAGAAGGAACACUCUGGAUAACACACUCGAACCUGCUGACAACCAUGCAGUACAGGGAGGGAUGUAUGGGGAGAGGCAGGCCUCUUUGCCUCUAAUGGAUUCUUACGAUGGUUAGGCUACACCCACUGUCACACUGCAUGUCAGCGCAUGAAAAACUGAUUGUGUGCAUCACAAGACGACAACCUCCUCCCACCUACUGCCCUUGCUGAACUGACUAUGGGGGACCACUACACUACCGAUGGGACUAAACUACAUCCUUUACACUCAAAUCUUCUGUCCCUCUUCACUCUCUUGCAGCCUCUCUUCUCUCUCUCUUUCCCUUUGUUACAUUCCUCCAUUGCAGCUGACAAACUAAUGAAACCACUCAGAAAAAAACUGACGUGGAUCUACGCUCCCUGUGGACAACUGGACGAGACACUAUGAUCACUUUUGUGGUCUGAGAGUCCCUGAACUCCGAAACACUAACCACUUAGUCAGAUACCAAGGCCACAACACUACAUUUCUAUGCUACAGUACGACGCUACAACUUGCUUGGACAACACUAAUUAUCUCUUUGACGAAAAGCAGAGACUGUGGCUUCAUCUGAGAACUUUUCUAUUUCUUGGAGUAGGGGAGAGUAGACGUACACUAAUUAAACUAAUGAGAAAGUCGGGAUCAAAACAGGACACUUUAUGUGGAAAUUUUGCAUAAAUGGCUAUUACACUCUGAAGAAAUCAAGAAAACUUUUUCCUUUCGCUCUCUCUGAUGCUUAAAUACUACAAAAAAAAUUCCUACCACUGAGAACCAAUGUUUAUUGAUCUAAUCGGAUAUGUGUAAAGCUUCUGCUUCUGUUUUGGUAGUGGUUGUUCCUCUUCUUGCUUUGCUCUGUACCACAGUGACGUACAUGUGCCAAAUGACACUGCUACCGCUGCAACUGCCAAUACUGAUGCAACAACUUCACACACUCAACUUUUACAGCAGCUACACUGAAAACUGUCAUCUGCUUUGUUUUGUGUUCAGCUUGUGUUGGUGACAGCCCAUCAACAAGAUGCAUGGGGAUGUUGCAUUUUCUGUAUUCGAUUUGUAUCCAUAGAUAUAAAAGGGUGGUGGUUCCAGUAUGGAUAUUCCUACAGACAGAUAUAGAGCAGACAAAUUAAUCUCCAUCUCAUUGGAAUAGACAGUAUAGUCUGUGUUAAAUGUAAGCCCCUUAACUUUAUAAUUCUUUGGAGAUAUCACAGGAUUUGUUAGGUUCAUUAACUUGUAUCUGCAGGUCUGUAAUCUUAUGAAUGUGUACAUACCAGACUGUCUCUAACAGCAUCUGUGUGGGCUAACUGGAGUGCCUCGCUCAUUCAGGAUCGGUCUGAUGGGUGUGCCCAACAUGACAUGGGUAACCAAUCAAGGUGUCUUUUUCUCAGCAGGUUACUAGUUGGGAAUACUGUAUAUGGAAGUCAUCAGUUUUCUAUUCUGCAAAAUAAUAUAAUAUGUGAACUUGUACGUAUGUAAGAGUUGAUUCUUGUUAAUGGAAUUGGUUGGUUUUUUUUUUAUAACGUAUAAAACUCUUGAGUUCUGUAUAACUUACUGCUUCUCAAACCCAUAGCCCAGCUGGCUUUAAGACUACAGAACAGUACAUGGGAGAAAACAUAGUCUUGUCUGUUUUUUGCCCGCAUUUCUUAAAUACAGUGCUUGUUCUGUAGAAUAAUGCGUAUUCUUAGUGCCGAGUGAGAUGUAGAUACUUACUGAGUGGAUGAUUAAAAGAAGCACUAGGGGGUUAUAAUGUGUGUUUUUCUUUCUUUUUGUUACCUUUUUAAUUUGUUUGUUUUCCAUGCCAAUUGAAACACAGACAGAGGGUGCCUCAUUUUCUCAAAGUAACAAGUUGCCUUUGAGAAUGGACUGACUGAGAGGAGAGCAAGGGUUUGUGUUAGAGCAUCGCUGUGUACGGAGGCAUAGACCAGAAUUUGCUAUUGGAGAAAAAAAUAAAAGCACAUUUAAAAUAUAUACAAGAGUAUAUUUGUUAAUUUUAAUGGUUUUAUGUAUUUUGUUUUUUAUAUUGAUUUGGGUUUAAUUUGUUUUGGGUUGCUCUUGGUGAAUGCAUAUGCAAUCAGUACAUGUUUUGAUUGACAAAUUCAGUCUGUAUCUCAAUUAAAUGCAAAACAAGUCAGUUAAACAAAAUCCUCCUACAGGUCAUCAGUUACUGGAACACUAAUGAAAAUAAUCUCAUCUGGACUACACCUUAAUCUCUUUGCCUUGGCUCUUAAAGUUGCACAUUCUCAUUUAUGAAUGAAUCAUGUAACUAGCAAUACUGUUUUUAAUAAAAAAAGAAACUGAUUUCUCA